CCGUCUCUCUCUCCUCUCAGGCAGAGCAGAGCGUAGUGUCUCUGUGUAAGGUCCAGGGUCUGGCUACAGUAGCUGACCUCUACAGGCAGCACAUGGAUCAGCUGCUCCAGUGGCUCUCAGCCUCUCAGAAGACCUGGACCAGCUACUCCCCCCAGAGACUGCAGCUCCAGGUCAUCGCCACCCAAUCAGGCCCAGUCAUUGGAGAGUUCCUGCCCUUGCUAAUGCCCCUUCUGCAGAACUGUCUGGACCCAGAGAGAGACCCUGAGAUGAGACUACACAUCUUCACCAUGCUGUCCAAACUGCUGCUGGACGCUACACACACACUGGACUCCCAGGGGCGUUAUUAG